AGUACAGUUCUUGUCUUACGCUCGUAUUGAGAAGUUCGGUUUCGUGUUCGUAAAAGAAAGUCUACAGCUUUAGGCGUUUAAAUUUAGUCACGUUAAUAAAACGUUUUAAGUUAUAAUCGUACACAAAUUAUCAACACUAAAGUAAUCAAUAUGUCAGAUAAACCUAAGCGUCCUCUCUCAGCAUACAUGCUGUGGUUAAACAGUGCUCGCGAUCAGAUCAAGCGAGAAAACCCAGGUAUUAAAGUUACAGAAGUUGCUAAGAAGGGUGGAGAGCUGUGGCGUGCAAUGAAGGAUAAAUCGGAAUGGGAAGCAAAGGCGGCCAAAGCUAAAGAAGAUUAUGAAGAUGCAGUUAAAGAAUUUGAAGCAAAUGGUGGUGGUGCUGCCAACGGUGGAGGUAAAAAGCGUGGUAAAGCUGUAAAGAAGCCGGCAAAGAAGAGCAAAAAGGCUGCAUCAGAGGAUGACGAGGAUGAGGAUGAGAGCGAAUAAAUAUUUUAAAUUUUAACUUUUUUUAGUUAUAAAAUAAAAAUUGCAUUUAUACAUAAAAACAUGUUAAAAACUGUAAAAAAAGAUUUAAAAAAAUAUUCGAAUAAUUAAACAAGUAUAGAGAUUAAAUUUAACAUGUUCGAGUUAAGUCGUUCAAAAUAAAUUACAUAAAUAAAUAUAAAAUGGAAAUUUAUUG